AUGGCAGAGCAGAGUGAGUUCCCUCGCAGAAUUUUGAAAAUAGCAGCUGGACAAAUUGCGAUGAGUGCCGGGUAUGUUAACGCGAAGGAAUCAUCACUAGAAGCACUUGUCGAUAUAAUGGAGAUGUACAUUCAAGAAAUUGGGAAACGCACACACGAAAUAUCUGAACACAACGGAAGAACACAAUCCACAUUCAUUGAUAUGCUCUUUGCGAUGGAACAACUUGGUGUCGACGUGUUUUCGUUUGGGGAAUAUGUGACGCGGGAAGACAAAUUGUUCAUCGACGGAAUUCCGGAAUUUCCAGUCGUUAAGCAAAGACCAAAUGUGCCUUUAUCAGAAGUGGAUAAAGAGAGACCUUACAUUCCCGGGUUUUUGCCCGAAUUGCCCGACCCAAGAACUUAUAAGAGCACUGCCAUUUAUCAGAAGCGACAUGUCGAUUACGUUUCUUUGAGGAAAGAAGAACUUAAAGCAAGACACGAGAACGAAGACGCUCUUAUCGGAUUGAAAAACAAGAUAGUCGGGGACAUGAAAGUCAAUUAUGAAGAUGCCGAGACACUCUCGUCGACUGUUAAACCGGAAGAAAAGGAUGUUAAAAAUUGA